AUGGUUGAAAACGAAAACAACUUACUUCUUGUCAUUCCCUCUUGGGCACAGUUCUUCGGUGACUAGGUGCGCUUCCACGGAAGUUUUCGCGACCAGAAUGUUUGCGCUGUUUCCAACCAGAUCGUGAAGUGCAGCAAAAACCAUAAAACAAUGACAUGUGACGAACAUCGGUGAGAUGAUGUGACAUACGAGCAUCACGAAGAAACGUCUUCGGGAUAAGCGAAAUGGAAAUAGAAAAUUUCUAUGGUUGCUACCUUCUUUACUGCACGGAACCUAAAUACAAGGGCCAUACCUACAUCGGUUUCACUGUUGAUCCAAAUCGAAGAAUAAAACAGCACAACAAGGGAGUGAAGGCUGGAGGAGCGUGGAGAACAAAUUCCAAAGGGCAGUGGGACAUGGCACUGAUUAUCCACGGCUUCCCAAACGAAAUAUCGGCAUUAAGGUUUGAGUGGGCGUGGCAGCACCCAGAGAAGUCUCGAAGGCUUUCCCAUGUAGGGAAAAAGGAAAGGAGGGAGACCAAGUUCCAGUAUGUCUUCAGGGUUGCCGCUACAAUGCUCCGUACCGGGCCGUGGUCGAGGCUGCCCCUAACGAUAAGAUGGCUCAAGGAAGAGUACUACUUAGAUUUUCACCCAGACUUUCAACCACCACAACACAUGGCGAUAGCGUUUGGACCUGUCAAAGCUGUUCGUGCUGCAGCAUCGAAGGAGCAUCUCCAGUCGGGAAGCAGCACACGUUUUAAAGCGUGCAACGCCUGUAAUGGAGUUAUCGAAGAAGGACAUUUCUCCCUCCAGUGCAUUCGCUCGAACUGCUCAGCUACCUUCCACAUUCAGUGCCUCGCUAAACAUUUCCUCAAGGCGGACAGUGAGCAUUUAAUACCUGUCGGAGGCAACUGUCCGCAGUGCAAUAAGUGGGUGCUGUGGGGUGAACUCGUUAGGUACAGCAACGGCUGUUACAGAGACGACGCUUUGCUCGGGAUAGCUGCUGAUGACAGCACGCGUGAUUCCGUGUGAUUGACGGUGAUUAUAUAUACUUUUUCUUUUCGUCGUGUGCGUCUAUGGCUCUGCACAAGUUAUUGUACGCAACGACAGGUCUUGCCACACUUUUUUUUCGCGUGGUGCGUACAGCUUUAAUGUCUCCUCGCCCACAGCAGGAUCCAGCGCUGUGGCAUGUACUCUAUCCCAACAAUCUCGCAAAAGUUUGCAGAAGACCGCGUAACAGAAAGGUUGGAGGGCGUUGGGAACAUCCAGUUUGGGGACGGAUACAAACAGCGGAAUGGGGCAUGGUCGCUCAUCACAAUUUUGUGACACUUUUAUUCACAAAUGCGUGUGCAAAAUUAAAGCAGAAUAAUGAUAGAACAUGAA